GAGGAUAUAGAUGAAGAUAUCAAUCAAAAUACCUGUGGAACACUAACAGAAGAUGAAUAUAUAUUUGAAAGAUCAGCCGCCUCUACUUCUAAAUGUGCUUUAAACUUCACCAACAUUCGAAAUCCUACUAAGGUUGUUGGUAAAAGAAGACCAAAGAAGCGUAGAUAUGUUAGUAGUAUUAAAAUAGAACAGCAAAAACGUGGAGGAAAUUCAACUCAAGGAUCAUACAAGUGUCAUAUCUGUGGUGGAGGUGUACGGAUAUCAUUUCAUGAAC